CCCACUGUGGCAUUUUCAACAUGUGGAGCAACUGCAAAAGUAACGUUAGCAACGUUAGCAUGCUGGCCGGCUUCACAACCAAUCACAACCAGCAUCUGACCGUGGUACUGAUGGCUGCGAUGUCCCUUGUGGUCUUCUGCAUUGGCUGCUCGGCGGAGGUGCGGAAGAUCUGGGGACACUUGCGCCACCCAACAGGUAUCCUGGCCAUCGCUGUGAUUAUCCUGGGCUCGUGUCCUGGAGGGAUCUUUUCCAACAUCAUCACCUACUGGAUAGAUGGGGACGUGGAGCUCAGCAUCACCAUGACGAGUAUCUCCACCCUGCUGGCUACCGCUGGCUUGCCACUGUCUCUGUACAUCUACACGCAGGGAUGGAUCGCGGCAGGAUGUAUCCAGAUCCCUUAUCUCCAGAUAGGAUUCACUUUUAUCACUAUGAUCAUCCCAGUGAGCUUUGGGAUCGUGACCAAAUACAAGUGGCCAAAAGCAGCAAAAAUCAUUUUGAAGAUUGGGUCAGCGAUAGGUGGUCUGGUGAUUAUGGGUCUCGGUGUUAUCAGUGUUCUACUUGAGAAAGUGAGAUGGAACACAAGCUGGCCCCUCCUUGUCAUUGGAGGCGUGUUUCCCAUCUUGGGUGGUCUGGCUGGAUUUGGCAUUGCUGUUGUACUGCAACAACCUUUGAAUCGGUGCAGGACCAUCGCCAUGGAGACAGGAGCUCAGAACAUGCACAUCUGUUUAGGUGUGCUGCAGUUGGUUUUUUCCCUGGAACAGCUUGCAGAAGUAAUCAUGGUAACAGUUAUGUACUCCAGCGUUCAGCUGUGCGGGGGCUUGCUGCUGGUGUUAGUCUUUCAGAUGUAUAAGAAAAAAUGUCAGAAGCAGCCCUUCACCGCCACGGAAAAACAGAAUCAGAGUUCUCGCAGUGUGCCGCGUUCACAUGGAGAAAUCCAGAGUGUUCGAAUGUGACUUUUUCUGGGCACCAGAGCAAAGCAGUAAUGAAAUGACCCAGAAGGUAAACAUUAAAUGAGUUAAAAAUUACGGAACAGCAUUGCUCAUCAUUUCAGUUUACUUGUAGAUCAGGAAUCCAAUGGAUUAUGGUUUUAAGAAAAACAAAUUUGGGUGACUGUGCAUGCAGACAUGCAAACAUUGGGCUAAAUUUCCUCCCUACAAGUCGAGUCUUGUUUAAUUUUUCCUUUCCUUUAAACAUUGGUAGGUUUUUACAGCCAAUUAUAACUAAUUUAGCAUGACAAUAUUUCCAUUUGUUGUUGCUGUUCCUAUGGUAACUAAUAAUUAUAUGUUAAUGCAUACAUUAAGUAUACACCAUGUUAUAUUUACUGUUUUAUUUUAUUUUAUGAUUGCUUAAAAUACAUUAAUUGUUUUGGGGGUGUAACAAGAAAAUGUGACCAUAAAUCUGAAUAUUUAAUUUGUAGUUGAUUUUGUUUGGUAACAUAUUGUAAAGUGUUAGAGGUGGUUUAUCCAGAAUCUUAUCUUAUCUUAUCUUAUCACACUUGUGUUCUUCAGCCCUUUUCUGCUCUGUUUCUCUUUCUCUCCCUCCCUUCUUAAAUUAUCCCAUUGUAGUGAAGUCGGCCAGCACGCUGCAUUUUUUGCACCUGGGCUCUGACGUGCUUUAUCACCAUUCUGUGUCCCGUAGUCCUCAAAUAUACUUCACCAACUGUAUGUGUGUGUGUGUGUGGUGUGUCUGAGAGAGAGAGAGAGAGAGAGAGAGAGAGAGAGAGAGAGAGAG